AUGUUGAGAAAAUUGCUGAGCAAGUCCGGCCGCAGGCUGCUUAGGGUAAGACGACGUGACAAUUAUCCCUUUCGACUCGCUGUUGCACUCACGCACGCAAUGCACGUACAUGCAUACAAUGCACGCACACGUUUGCACUGGUGCAUCGGUCGACCUAAUUUCUUCAGCCAGGCGUUUCUCGCAUCGUUAACCCUCGCCAUUGGCUAGUUUCGAUCCGAAUUUAAUUUCGUCGAUUCGACGCGAUUGCCAACCACCCCCACCCACCCCUUCUGCCUGCACUCCACGAAAUUUCUUCGUACGAAGAACCGAGAGUCGAGCCUUGAGUUAAUUUCCACGGUAGACUGUUUCUUUUCAUACGUAUGCAAUUUUCGUUGGCGUAAUUCUGACCUUGCUCAACAUUGAUUCCUUCGUGUCUCGCUGCAACCCCGACUGGCACGAACUGCUAUGCUUCUGAGAGGCCUAUGGUUUAGUCAUCUGACAUGUAGCACCGUUCAAAAAAAAUUAGAAAAUAAAUAAAAUCGAAACGACGAAUCGAUCGGUAAAGAGAGAGAGAGAGAAAGAAAUAAGCCGUUGCUUGCUCAAUUUCGCAGGCCAUCAAGAAACUGUCGACGAGGAGCCGCAAGGUGAAAAAGUCACGGAACUUGACUUCCUGGCAUUCGAACGUGCCGGAGUUGGAUACGGAAUCGCUGUCGUGGUCGCUGCCGUCGCUGGACGCGAAGAGCAUCGACACGUUCACGACGUACGUUGCCGACAACUCGAUGGAGGACGGCGUCUCCAUGUGCUGCUACUGCGACGAGUACGAGGAGAACCAGCGGAACGAGAACAUCGAGAACGAGAUGAUGAUCUAA